GAAAAUCCGAUUCGUUUUGUUUUGGCGGGUCGAUUCCCUUGGAUGUUAAAUGAAGUCUUUAGGUUUUGAGUUGAUCUAUCCACGCAAUUGUAAACCAGUCUCUGGUGAUCUGUCCGUGGAGGAGUUAAGGAAGCGCCUCAAUGCAAGUGAUAAGCUAUUUCUCAUAUUCGUAGGAACUAAAUUGUUCUCUAGAUAAUGUUAUCGAAGAAGAAAGACGGUUCUUAGAAUCUACUUUGGAUGGAGAACAGGCGUCUCUUACUCAGGAACACUCGAAAUAUAAAGGACUCUUUCUGCUUCUUACAUCGCCUGAAUUCCUAACGAAUGCAGACGUAGAUAUUCAGCUGAGAGUUGGGGUUUGUAUCUGCAAACUCCUCAAAGUAUUUUGUCCGCAUAAUCCCCUGAGUGGUUUGUCAGAAGAAAAAUCACUUACAAAAGAUGUAUUAACUUUCCUUAUUAACUGCAUUGAAUUGCUGUCAAACCUGAAGUCUAAGGAAAACGUCAAUUAUAUUAAAUUGCAUACUAUGCUUUAUAUAUGCGUUCAAAUUGACACUUUCAUGUGGUGUUCCGUUUUGGGAGACGAGACUGUCCUUUUUAAUUUCAUUAAAAUGACGUUUGCAAUAAUCAAGAAUUUAGAUGUCUGGUCUUGGGCUGACGUUUCUGUUGUUCGCCAAGCGAUUUUAGACAUGGUCGUCAAAGUUGUAGUCCAUUCCGAAAAAAUUCUGACUCAUGACAUAGUCACAUUUGUACUGCAGUUUCUAAUAGAACCCGCAAAAAGUACUCAACCUGCCCAACAUACAUUCUCUCGGGAUUUGAUUAUUCGAACAGCUGACCAGAUCGAGUAUCAAAUCCAGAUGUUAUUACAAAAUUCUCUCAUUGUAGGCAGUUGCAACGGUAUCAAAGCAAAAACAAGAAAUAAAUCCAGUCCUCCAGAAAACAACUUAGAAGAUAAUUUUACGAAGGAUAUAAAUGAAAGCGGUUCUGGUGAGGAAGACACAAAUCCUGAUCCACUGGGAGAGCACGCAUUCUUAAUUAUCUAUGCCCUACACACAAUACAAAGCAGCAUAGUUGCACCGGUGCUUCCUACAAUCGAGCUGAAGUUGAAGUCCUCCCUUGCGCGUGAUAGGAAACGAUCAUUCAGGCUUCUGGCGCUCUUGUUUUCAGAGUCGAAUUCUUUACUCCAUAGACGAAACCCAAAUCUUUGGGAUGCAUUUCUGGGACGCUUUAAUGAUAUCGACAGUGAAGUUCGCAUGCUCUGCAUUCACAUGUUGCCACAACUUUUAAGUAAGAACCAGGAGCUACCGCAUGACCAGCUGUUAUCUUGUUUUCAACAGCGCAUUUACGAUCCAGACGAAGGCGUGCGACUGUUGGCACUACAAACUAUGACUGCUCUAACCAAGAAAUCUCAAAGUGAAUUUAGUGAUAACUUCUUCGAACUAUUGAAGGAGCGUUCGAGGGAUAAAACUUUGUCUGUUCGAAAAGAAGCCUGUUUCGCCCUAUCAUCUCUGUACAAAGAUAGUUUAGAGUCAAAAUGCUUAUCUACUGCUAAGUCAUCAUCUGCACUAAAUACAAUUUUACAUUUGUACUACCAAAAUUCAUUGGAUGAUAAAUUUAUUGUGGAACGAUUACUAAAAAGUUCAAUUGUUCCUUACACUUCCAAAAAUUCAGCCCGUGUACAAGCCUUGAUUCGGUGUUAUAGCUUGAUGGAUGAAGCUUCGAUCAAGGCGAUGCAGGAAAUUUUCAAAGCUCAGUAUGCUAAUCUUAAUCUUCUUCGUGAUACUGUCAAAUUGUUGGAGGAACAUAUGAGAGGAGAAAUGUCUCCUGAAGCUAACACUAAAAUAAUGUCAAUGAUACAAAUUCUCAAUGGUUUAAUACCGAAAACAGAAAAAUCUGUGGAACAUCUGAAACGGUUUUUCAAUCAAACCCACACAGAUAAAGACCUUCGACGGCUUUUGGUAAGACUGACAAAACCACAAUAUACUUGUGAACAAGUAGUAGACACAUUAAAGGAAAUACUGAGGAAAAUCGGUAAAACAACAGGUGCUGUAAAUACUGCCAGCGAUAACCAAACGAAUUAUUCACGCGUUGUCAAAAUGUUGUUGGAACGUUGUGCACCAGUUCUUUUUGAUAAAGAAUUCGGCAAAGAAUUAAUGAGUCAGCUCAUGGUGGACAAUCAGUCUUCUUCUGCAUUUGGGACUACUGAAUCUAUAAGUGUUGCACGCUCACUACGUUUAUUGCUUGCAGUCUCUGUUUACUUUAAAGAAAUUCUACCGCCAGGAGAAGUAAUAAAUUAUUUACUAAGCAUUUUAUCUGAUAAAAAUUAUUCAGAAAAUGGUGAAGCUGUUGACGAAAUCAAGUCAAUUUCAGUUAAUUCUGAUUGUGAUCCAUACACUCUACAAGAGAUGGCGUUAAAUAUACUCUGCUGUAUACUCGGCCGUGGUACAAGUGGUUCAUUUUAUACCCCUGAAUCUAAUGACGCCAUAAAAAAUGUUGCUGUUCAACAGUCAUUAAUUAACUGUGCUCAUUUGAGUAAAUGUUCAAAAGAGCUUUUGCCAAUCUUACGUCGCUUUUGCUGUACUGGAAUAACUCUUAAUGCGCUAGAAUCUAACCAAAACAAAAAUGUCUCAAAAAACUUGACUAAAACUAAUCGUGGAUAUGGUGUGAAAAAGCUUUCACUCGGUCCGACUACAGAAGAUAUCGCUCAGAUGGGUCUUGUUUGGCGUCGUGAACGACGACGUUCCAAGUUGUCAGUACGCGUUCUGUUUUGUCUGCUUGACGUUGUACAUCAGCUAAUGUGUCCACCUGUUGAUCUUGACUCGGAGGAUGAAAAAUUGAUGAAAAAGAAAUCUCCUGACAGCAAGAUGAAACUGAAUUUGUUGAAGUCGACAAUUGAAGAAACUCUCAAUGAAAUAGUUAAAGUUUGUAUUUCGUGCCCUGUUCUAUCCAGUGAAUAUAUAGCCUGUCUGACUUCAUUAAAUCAUAUUGCAUUAUUAUUUCCUGGUACGUAUAACGACGAAAUUAAGACUUUGAUUACAAAAUCUUUGGUGCAACAAGUGUUACCAUGCGAACCAGGUGAUUCACCAAAUGGAGAAGAAGAUAAAAAUCAUACUAAAUUAACUGCAUUGCCAAAUCAUGCCAAACCAGGUGAUAACCUUAGCACUUGGUGUCCUGAUGGAUUGAUAAGCGAUUUGACUAAAGCGAAGAUUUCAGCUAUAAAACUUAUGACAAACUGGUUAGUUGGAUUAAAAAAUGAGGUGAAACCUGUUGCUCAAGCUAUUAUUCGCCUCAUCUAUCGUAUUAUUAUUCAUGAUGGAGAUUUAACAAAAGGUGGCAAAAUUUCAUAUGGGGAAAUGUCACGUAUGCGUUUAGUAGCCGCCACUUCUUGGUUGAAACUUGCACGUUGUCAGGCUUAUGUGGAGUGCAUCGAAAUUGGAUGGUAUUUGUCUAUGACUUAUAUACUCUGUGAUCCAUGUCCACAGAUUCGUUCUCAUUUUCUGACAAAACUUAAUCAAGGUUUGUAUAAAUUGCGACUUCCACUUGAGUAUAUGGCUAUUUUUGCACACGCUUCCAAUGUCCCUGAACCUGCAUUUAAACAACGUGCAAAACAAUUAUUUAUUGCCAAUGUUCAAAGACGUCGUGCUUUCUUGAAUAAAAAUCCUUCAUAUUUUCGUGAUGCUAAAUAUUUAUUUGGAUUAUUACCGGACUAUAUACUUCCAUAUUUGAUAUAUUUACUUUCUCAUGAUUCCAAAUGGACUAAAAUAGACGAUGUAGAAAUAUUGAAUAAAAUUAAAAGUUCUUUAUGGUUUGUAAUGGAACCGAUUAUGUCGCAUGGUGAAAAUUUUAGUUUUUUACGAAAAAUUAUUGAAAAAAUUAAAUAUGCACGAGAUGCUCUUAAUCCUGAUGAUGCUUUUGUUAACGAGAAAUUGUACACUGUAUGCGAUAUUUGUUUGGGUCUAUUGCUUUCUCGUUGUACUAAUCCUACAAGUAAAGAAUAUCCAGUUGAUGUAAAACUACCCAAAACUCUUUUCACAUCUACACCAAUCGAUUUUCGAAAUCCUGAUUUCAAACAAUUAAUGAAUAUGGUUGUUGAAAGUGGAACGCAAGCGAGUGAAGAUACCUUAUUGAGUGAAUCCAUGGAGGCUAUUGUCCAAAAUAAAACAAAACCAAUUUUACAGUUUACACCGAAUAAGCAUACAAAAGAAUUUAAAGAUGGAUUAAUUCCUCUUGAACUUUUAAAGAUGAAAAACGCUGCUAUUCCAAAGACAAAAAAAACUAAACCGGCCAGCAAAAAUGAAGAGUCAAAGGCGAAAUUUGAAACCAAAUCCAAAAAAGAUAACAAUGAGCCAUCACGACCAGAAGAAAAGGGUCCAGUUGCGGACACAGUGACAGAUGACGACAAUGAGCCACAUAAGGAAGUAAAUACCAUACAUUGUAUUGCGUCCACUAGUCGUGUCUCACCUAAAAGCACUAUUGUAGAUGUUACCAAUACUGAUAUUAAUGUGUGCAUUGUAGAAACACGUUCAACUCGCAGUUCUAGUAACCAAAAUAAGCGUAAGAAUACAUCUCCACCAGGAAUUGUUAAACGCCAACGCGUUAAUCCAUCAUCGAAUUUAACUUCACACCUUCAUCAAAGCACACUUGAUCGUGUUGUACAGACCAACAAAACUUCCCAGAAAAAUAUCUCGUUAACGCCGGAUAGCGUCAAUCAGCAGGUGUCAAGUAUCUCUCCGCGUAAAAGUCCCAAACAUCUCACUAAACCUGCUCCAGAAGCGCAUUCUAAAAAGUCAAGUAAACCUCCUCAGUCGUCAACAAACAGUUGCUCCAAUAAUUCUAAAAAUACUAAACAGGAAAGCAAUCUUUGUCCAACACCAGCUUCAAAUGAUUGGGGGACAUUGUUGCGAUCUAAAAGUAACAAAAAUAGUGAAAAAACUCAAGGGCUCAUCGAUGUUUCGAAAAAGUCUCUACAGAAUGCCAACAAAACACUAUCGAGAACUAAUUACAGAGUCUCGACAUCACUUAGAACUGUUGAUAAUUCUAAUGGAUCCAACAAUAUUUCAGAAAGACCAUCUAGAUUAAGCGCAAUUGUUGCCAAGCAAAAAUUGUUAUCACCUAUAUCCGUAUUUAGUUCAACGUCAACAUCAAACCAAUCAACUCCAAAAAGAAGGUAAGUUCAUUCAUUCGAUCUGAUAUGUUAUUUUAAAGAAACUUACUAUUUGAACUGUGAUACACGUUAAUAUUUGUUCGUCACCUUUUUUUACGGAAACCAACGAGUAGAGAAUCACUUGAUAUUAAACCUGAGUAGCGUUUCAAAUGUACCAAUCAAAUCAAAUGUCUCAAGUAUUAGAUUGCAGUGAUUUGAUUGGUUUUGAGGAUUUCAUCAUGAACUGAUAUCUGUUACAGGACCAUUGGAAAACAUGGGAGUACUGGACCAGCUGUUUCAUCCUAGUUUGGGGGGUACAGCAGGUUAGGUGUGAGGACAAAUACUCUCCGAUGACAUUCACUAGUCGUCGCACCGUAUCGUGAAUUGGCGGAAGUUGCGAUUCAUGAACUGUUGGGUCGGGGGCCCCAGUGGCUCACCUUGUGACCAGAAGGUCCUAGGUUUGAAUCCUGGUGGUGGGUGCGUACUGAUGAAGAGUCCCAAACACUAUGACGAAAUAGCUGUCUAGUACUCCCAGGUUUUCCAAUGGUACUCUAACUGAUGUCAGCUCAUGAUAAAAUCCUGCAACAAAAUGUUUCUUGAUGAGCGAAUUAGCGACGUAUGUACAUUCUACUAAACUUUAAAGCAUUAUGAGGGUCUUUGUCGUUAUUCUUUGAGACACAACUUAUAACAAAAAUGAGAAUCCCGUUGUACAGUUUGCCGUCAAAAUAAUUGUGUCGUUUUUUCGCCGUAAACGGAGAGUGUGUUGAAUUACAUGACGGUUGUAGUUAGUAGGGAUAUUGUAGGGCUAUAACAACUGACUACCAAUUCCAGUCGCUUUUGCUACGACUUUUUGGUUAGUGUUUAAAAUACUUCCAGUCAUUUCUAAUUUUAGGAAACAAGUUGUAUGCUUAUUUCUAGUGAAAUAUCCGAUUGACUGUUUUCUCUUUCUGUAUGAUAACACAUAAUCUUUGGCUUUUACUUAAACGUGAAGUUCAAAAUGAGACACUCCUUCUCUUGUUUUGUUUUUCUGCAGAUAAUGAUAAUGCUUUGAAUU